AUGCCUCAAACAGGCAUCCAGACAGUGAAAUUUAAAGCUUACUUGAAGGCAGGGUUCAGCCAAAAUACGAUUGAUUAUUCCAUGUUCAUUAAGAGGUCCAAUGGUCACAUUGUUGUGAUCCUAAUCUAUGUUGAUGAUCGGCUUCUUACUGGUAGUAGCAAGAUUCUUAUUGAUGAGACAAAGGUUGUUCUACAUCAGGAGUUCAAAGUGAAAGAUUUAGGCAAAUUAAGAUACUUUCUUGGAAUUGAGGUUAUGAGAUCCAAGCAUGGCAUUCUCCUCCAUCAGAGGAAGUACACCGUUGAGCUCAUUUCUAAAUUGGGCCUUAGUGCAUCCAAGUCUGCUAUCACACCUCUUGAGAUUAAUCAGAGGCUGACUUCUGUAGAGUUUGACAAAGUUGUGAGGCUUCAGAAUUUAGAUCCCUUAGUGGAUGUUACUAGCUAUCAAAAGAUAAUUGGGAAAUUGUUAUAUUUUACAGUCACACGACCUGAAAUUUGUUAUGCAGUUCGAAGUCGCGGUCAAUCCAUGCAGGCUCCAAAGAGGUCUCACAUGGAUGCUACUACCAGGGUUGCCAGGUAUUUUAAGAAUGCAUCUGGACUUGGUGUUUUACUGAAGAGGGAAUCUUCACAGUCUCUACUUCGGUUCUGUGAUUUAGAUUGGGUGUCAGCCCUUUUACUAGAAGAUCAGUUAGUGGCAUGGCUGUCCAACAGGAUGGGCCGUCCCGGCCCAGCCCACUUCAUUUUAAACGGGAUGGGCCAAUGUUAA